GUGGAAGCAUCGAAUACUGAUCGUGAAGACGGGAGCAGUGCAAGUGCAAGCAUGGAGUCGGCAAAGAAUACUACGAAUCCAAGAGCAAAGGGAAGUGCGAGCGACGUGCCCGCAGCUGUGGAGCUGCAAUAUCCAGGCUCGUUGUAUAAGAUUCCAGGGUCUCUCGGUGAGCGUCAUUCGAUCGAUUUGGAGUCUGAUCAGAUACCACCUCCAAAACGUCCUAGCCAGUCGGAGGAGCGUCCUGAGCACGAUGAGCGAGCACAGGCUCUCCAAGGGAAUGGACGAGCCUGGCGGGGCCUCGUUCCAGUAUCGAAUAUUUUUGUGAAGCUGAAAGAGGACCUUUUUCACGAGCCUAAAUAGAGAUCGACCACGAGUGGAUGAUACAAGAGUCUUAUGGGGGAUUCUUAACUUUGCAUGUCCGCGAUAUUCGUGGUAGAUGCGUUGGAUUAGUUUCAAGCUUGCCCCG